AUGCCCAGUACUGUACAUGAGGCAGCGUGGAAUUAUUUUUUAAAAAUAACAAAUGGGCUCAUGACCAACACAAUUCCGGUGAAGCAUUUGCCAGAAAUAUAUUGUGGUAUGUCAGCUCAAUUAUCCAUUUCAUUUACUGAAAAACGUCCAAGAGAAGCGACAAUGGCAACACGAACAAUGGCCACAACCAAUGAAACAACACCACCUGUUCCGUUUUCACCGUCCAUGCUACAAUCUCCAGCUACAACUAAUGGAAAACGACCAUUAACAAUCACUGAUAUUAAUCAAUGUCAGUCCGAACGCAAAACAAAUAAACGACGACGAUUACCAGCAGCAUCAAGCAGAAUACAAAAUGUAAUCAACCCAAUUGAAAGCAUCGUUGAAACGGUCGAAUGA